AUGGCGCCCGCUACCAUGGACCCUCGGACAUGGUUCAGCCAUCUCACUCCAUACUUCGUCUACGUCCUCUUCAUCGCGACCCUGGGGCCAUUGCUCUUCGGCUUCCACUUGGCCGAACUGAACGCACCCGAAGAUGUAAUCCGCUGCAAGAAAGAUUCUAUUCGCGCUGCCGCCGCCACCCUCCCGCAAUGCAUUGAGAUGACUCCAACCCAAUGGGGCGUUGUGGGGUCGACGUAUACACUUGGAGGUCUGAUCGGAGCCCUCUCUGCAGGGCCGUUGGCUGGAAAAUAUGGUCGUAGAAGAACGAUGCAGAUCACCACCGUCUUCUUCAUCCUCGGCCCCGUUUUCGAGGCACUUUCGCCAAACAUUGGCGUCAUGUCGUUUGGAAGACUGCUGUCCGGUGUGGGAGCUGGAGCUUCUGUUGUGGUUGUUCCCAUUUACAUCUCUGAGAUUGCUCCUCCAGCGGAGAAGGGCUUCUUCGGUGCCUUUACACAGAUCAUGUGCAACGUUGGCAUUCUCGUCACUCAGUUGCUUGGCUACUUCUUGAGUCACGGACAGUAUUGGAGGAUCAUACUAGCUGCCGGAGGUGUCAUCGGUAUGGUGCAGAGUCUUGGUCUUCUCUUGUCCACAGAGAGCCCCAAGUAUAUUGCUGAGCAAGGCAACGGUACCCAAGCGAAGAGAAUUCUUCGUAAGAUCAGGGGUGAAGGCGCGGACAUCGACGAAGAGAUCAGUGACUGGCAGAAAGAUGGUAUGGAUGACGCUGACGAAGAGCAAACAUUGCUCGGUGACGAGGACCGCGAGCGAGUGACACCAAAGAAUCAGCAGAGAGAAGAGGCCAUGAGUAUUGGCCAGGUCCUUCGUCACCCUGACUAUAAGAAGGCCGCAAUCGCAGUCAUCAUGGUCAUGUUGGCCCAACAACUCAGUGGUAUAAACAGCAUCGUCAUGUAUGGCGUCUCUCUAUUAGCGGAUCUGCUCGAGUCGAAUUCAGCACUCUUAAACCUCGCCGUGUCGGCGGUCAACAUCAUCUUCACUGCCGCGUGCGCACCUCUUGUCGAUAAACUGGGUCGCAAGACUUGCCUGCUCCAGUCGUUAGCUGGAAUGGGCACCAGCUCGCUUUUGCUGGCUUUUGGCAUUAUCAAUCACGUGCCUGUUCUUUCGGCCAUUGCAGUCCUUCUUUUUGUAUCUAGCUUUGCUCUUGGAUUGGGCCCCGUUCCAUUCAUCCUCUCAGCCGAGCUUGUAGGGCCAGAAGCUGUUGGCGCGACGCAGAGUAUUGCCCUCGCCGCGAAUUGGAUCGCCACAUUUCUUGUUGCUCAAUUCUUCCCUUUGGCGAGCGCGAAAUUGCACGGCAAGGUCUAUUUUAUUUUCGCCGCAUUAUCCGCCUUCUUUUUCCUCUUCAUCGGCUGGUUCGUGCCUGAAACGAAAGGCAAGAAGAACGCUGAUGAGGUUUGGGGAAGGGAGCGACGAGUAGAUUGA